UUUUUCCUGGGAAUCUUGACCAAGCAACACACAGAGAAGGCAAGAGUAGAAGUACAAAACCCUGACAAAGAAUGGUUAUUCUCCGAACGGGGGAACAUGUCUGGUUGGAAAUCCCAUCUGACAGUCGAAUACAUAUUGGUGCUGUGGUUAAAGAUACACACAAUGGACAGACCUUGCUUGAGGAUGACGAUGGCAAGGAACAUUGGAUAUCUGCUCGGAACAUGAGCAGCAUACAUUCUAUGCACCCUAGCUCAGAACAGGGAGUAGAAGACAUGAUCAGACUGGGAGAUCUUAAUGAAGCUGGAAUUGUUCACAAUUUGCAUAUCCGAUACAAAGAGAAUACCAUUUAUACAUACACUGGAGCCAUUUUAGUCGCUGUGAAUCCUUAUGAAGAGCUGCCUCUUUAUGACAAUGAACAGAUCCAAUUGUACAGAAAUAAACGCAUUGGAGAACUUCCUCCACAUAUUUUUGCCCUGGCAGACACCUGUUACUUCAACAUGGAGAGGAACAAAGCUGACCAGUGCUGUGUUAUUAGUGGAGAGUCUGGAGCAGGGAAGACAGAGAGCACUAAAUUAAUGUUGCAGUUCCUGGCAUCUUCAAGUGGCCAACAUUCCUGGAUAGAGCAGCAAAUUCUAGAGGCUAAUCCUAUCAUGGAAGCUUUUGGAAACGCCAAGACUAUUCGAAAUGACAAUUCUAGCCGUUUUGGAAAAUACAUAGAAAUCCAUUUCUCUAAGGAGAAUGUCAUCAAGGGAGCCCGUAUUGAGCAGUUUCUUUUGGAGAAGUCUCGAGUAUGCAGGCAGGCUGCAGGGGAAAGAAAUUAUCACAUGUUUUACUGCAUGCUGCUGGGAAUGAGUUCAGAAGAAAAGAAGCAACUGAACCUAGGAAAAUCUUCAGAUUACAAGUAUCUAACCAAGGGUAAUUGCACAACAUGUGAGGGACGUAAUGAUGCCAGAGACUACACACAGGUCCUUUCUGCCAUGAAGAUUCUUCUCUUUUCUGAACAAGAUCGAAAGGAAAUUAAUAGACUGCUGGCUGCCAUGCUUCACCUUGGCAAUCUGGACUUUCAGAGUACAAUGUUUGGAAAUAUUGAUGGCUGUGAUAUUCCUGAGUCCAUCCAUCUGUCUACUGUAGCUACUUUGCUCGAGGUGAACUUAAUGGAUUUAAAAAGUAGCCUUACCAGACACACCAUAAUAGUUCGAGGAGACAAUGUUUCAAAACCUCUGAAUUGCACACAGGCUUCUGAUGGCAGAGAUGCUUUUGCUAAGGGUAUUUAUGGGCGGAUGUUCAUGUGGAUAGUUAAUAAAAUCAAUGAAGCAAUUUUCAUUCCAGCAUCUAAAGAUCUUGGGACUGAGCGAAGGUCUAUUGGAUUAUUAGAUAUCUUUGGCUUUGAACAUUUUAACACAAAUAGCUUUGAACAACUUUGCAUUAAUUUUGCAAAUGAACAUCUUCAGCAGUUUUUUGUACGUCACAUAUUUAAACUUGAACAAGAGGAAUACAAUGCAGAACAGAUACCCUGGCAACACAUUGAUUUUACUGAUAACCAGCGUGCAUUGGAUAUAAUUGCACUUAGACCCAUGAAUAUCAUCUCCCUCAUAGAUGAGGAAAGUAAAUUUCCACAGGGGACUGAUGCUACUAUGCUAACUAAACUCAAUAGUGUUCAUGGCAAAAGUAAUAUUUACAUUGCAUCCAAAAGUGUACAUGACACGAAAUUUGGGAUAAACCAUUUUGCAGGACUUGUCUAUUAUGAAACUGAAGGAUUCUUGGACAAGAAUCGUGAUUUGCUGAGCACAGAUCUUAUCCUGUUGAUGCAUUCCUCUACCAGUAAAUUACUAAAGCAAAUUUUCCAGGUGGACAAAAAUUCAAGUAACGCUUCCAUUCGGGGAAUCAUCCGAAACACUGGCCUUAAUUACCAGAAGAUCACAGAUACAAAUAAGUCCUUACCCACACUUGGAGGACAAUUCAAACAGUCCCUCGAGCAACUGAUGAAAAUUUUGGGCAAUUGUCAACCUUAUUUUGUUCGCUGCAUCAAACCUAAUGAGCUCAAGAAGCCUUUGCUUUUUGAUCGAGAAUUGUGUAUACGCCAACUGAGAUACUCUGGAAUGAUGGAGACUAUACGAAUCCGGAAGGCAGGGUACCCAAUACGUUACAGCUUCUCUGACUUCUUCCACCGUUUUCGAGUGUUGCUGCCAUUAAAGUCCUCUAGUCGCAAUGAGUGGAACCAUCUUGCUUGCUGCAUUGAUAUUGCUGGGGCAAUCAUUGGAAAAGAGGAAGACUGGAAAGUAGGAAAGACAAAGCUUUUCUUAAAGGAUCAUCAUGAUACAAAACUAGAGGGACGUGAAAAAGCACUCAUAUCCAGAGCCGUUCUCAUACAAAGGGUGUUAAGAGGAUUUAAAGACAGGAAACGCUUUCUUAGGCAGAAAGAGGCUGCAGUGAAGAUUCAAGCAGUGUGGAGAGGUUACCAUGACAGAAAAUUUUACCUAAAGAUGCAACAUGGUUUCCAAAGGCUACAGGCAGUGAUAAGAAGUAGACAUUUACGCCGAGAGUACCAGAAGUCUCAGGCAAUAAUUACAAAACUGCAGGCCAAAUGCAGAGGUUAUCUAGUAAGAAAGAGGCUUGCACAGAAAAAGAAUGCUGUUGUUCUUCUUCAAACAUACACCAGGGGGAUGCUGGCUCGUAAUAAGUAUCAGAGGAUGAGGAGGAGUGAGGUACAACAUCAACAUGAACUAGCAAUGGAUAAGAAAAGGAAGAUGGUGCAAAAAGAGCUUUUACUGCAGCAAGAGAAGGAAAACCUGGAAAUGGUGGAGCAAGUGUUUGGGUUUUUACCUCUCAUGGACCUAGAUUCACAGUCUUUAGAUGAAAUCGACCUGGACACGCUGCCUCUUGAGCCAGAGAAAGUGGUCGACCAUCUGGCUGAAUUCACUUUUCCAAAGUUUGCUGCUACGUAUUUUCAAGGAUCAGCAACAGAUACCCACAUACGCAAGACUUUAUACCAGCCCCUGCUGUAUCAUGAAGACCAUGGUGAUGUUCUAGCAUCGUUGACAGUUUGGAAAAUUAUACUGAGAUUCAUGGGCGAUCUUCCUGAACCAGCAUUAUAUGCUCCUAGAUCUGGCAGCCAGAACAGCUCUGUUAUUACACAAAUUUAUGACACGUUAACUAGGAAAAACAACAGUAUUCCAUCUGGCAUGAAGGAUAACAUGCAAGGAUCGCCAAGAAUCAAUCAAAGGGCAAAGUUUUCAAAGGAAAUUUCAUCCAUGAAAUUAAAGAGGUCAUCAAAAUUAGCUGGGCAGGUUUCAAGUCAACUGAGCAGUGCAACAGAAAUGCCAGACCAGGAGAGCUCAUUGAUUGAUAAACCCAUGUCAAUGUUAGAAAAAAUACAUUUUAUUGUUGGCAAUGGAAUCCUGAGACCUGAAAUUAGGGAUGAAAUUUAUUGUCAAAUCUGCAAGCAACUCUCUAGAAACAAUAACAAGAAUAGCUAUGCUCGUGGCUGGAUUCUACUAUCACUCUGUCUUGGCUGCUUUGCACCAACAGAAAAGUUUACUAAGUACCUGCAGAACUUUAUCCGUGGACGACAGAUAGCACACAGCUCCGUAUGUAUGAAACAGCUAAUCCGAACUAUUGCUAAUGGUGCUCGGUCACAGCCCCCUAGCUGGUUAGAGCUACAGGCAUUGAAAGGUUCAGCAUCUCUAGAAGUGCCUGUCAAGAUCAUGACUGGGGAGACUUUGGUGAUACAAGCAGAUUCUGCCACCUCUGCUAAGGAAUUAUGCAGGAAUGUUGCCCAGAAAUUAAAGAUGAAGGGCGCAUUUGGUUUUUCUAUUUAUAUCUCAAUAUAUGAUCAGGUUUGGUCACUGGGCAGUGGAUCGGAGCACCUGAUGGAUGGUAUUUCUCAAUGUGAGCAGUUAGCCAGGGAAAGAGGAGACCAAGAGAAGCAUGCACCCUGGCGUCUCUUCUUCCGUAAAGAAGUAUUUGCACCAUGGCAUAACUGUUCAGAUGACCCCGUAAGCACUGACCUCAUUUACAACCAGGUGAUACGUGGCCUAUGGUAUGGAGAGUAUCACUGUGAAAAGGAAGAUGAUUUAGUGGAACUUAUGUCCAAACACUACUAUAUUAAAUAUGGUGAGGUCUUAAAAGAGGAAAAUGUACACAAUGUCCUUAAAGACUGCAUUCCUGCAAAACAAUUAGCCUCUAAACCCAGCACAUACUGGUUAAACUUACUGAAGGAAAAUCAAGCUAAGGCUCAGUAUAUACUAGAGAAAACUCCUGGACAGCAAGUAAAGGAAAUGGUAGUAGAUUAUUCCCGCCAGCAGUGGCCUUUAUUUUUUUCAAAGUUUUUUGAAGCCUCCAGAUUUGCAGGACCCAGCAUCAGCAGAAACCACUUCAUUGUUGCAAUAAACUGGAAAGGAGUGAGUUUCCUGGAUGAGACUGAGAAAAAGUUGUUGGAUCUUACUUUUCCAGAGUUAAUUGGUAUCCUUACAAAAAGAGCUGAAAAAUCAUUUGGCCAGUCUUGUGUCUUAAAUACACUGAGAGGAGAGCAAUUUGUUCUAACCUCACAGAACAGUGAAGAAAUUGCUAAGCUGCUUCUCCACUUUUUGGAUGGGCUUAAGGCGAGAUCUUUGUAUGCAGUCGCUCUGCAGGACAGCUCCAGGUCAUUGACAGAACUAUUGGGCUCAAAACAAAAGACAUUAACAGAUGAGCCAGACCUGUUAAGCUUUAAGAAUGGGGAUCUACUUCUUCUUAACAGAAGUCCAGAACUUCAGAUUGGACCGAACUGGACCUAUGCACAAAAUGAAAAAACUGGAAACAAUGGAGCUGUGCCUUUGGAUGCCAUCUAUAUUGUACCUACCCUUACCAAACCCAGCUCUGAAAUACUGAGGAUGAUUGCCAUGUCUCCAGAACAGCGGAAAUCAGAACUAAUUGGUUCUUCAUUUGAUGAGUCUAGCCACCAGGAAAUAGUUAAGCCAUACACAUUAGAGGAGUAUUCCAUGCAAUAUUUCAGACAUCCAGACCCUGAGAGUGUUUCCAAGGCCUUUCUACAAAGAUCUCGGGCUAAGUCACAGCUGUGGGCUUAUUCGCGGGAACCAUUAAAACAGCCCUUGCUUCGAAAAGUUUGUGAAGUGGCUGAUCUGCGCGAUUAUGCAUGCCAGGCCUUCAUUGCUAUUAUGAAAUAUAUGGGAGACUAUCCAACAAAACAGUCUCUCUACCCAGUAGAACUUACAGAUCAGAUAUUUUCUGGCCCAGUACAUGAGGAAACUCUCAGAGAUGAAAUUUACUGCCAGAUCUUGAAGCAAAUGACAGCAAAUAGCAACAGUUAUAGUUUAAGCAGCGGAUGGCAGCUGCUUUGGCUAUGCACCGGACUCUUUCCACCAAGCAAAAGUUUGUUGGUUCAUGUUCAGAAAUUUAUUGAGAAAAGUCCAAAGGAACCACUAUCCAAGGAAUGCAAGCGAAGGAUUCAAAGAGUACUACAAAGUGGGACAAGAAAACAGCCCCCUCACCAGGUAGAAGUUGAAGCCAUACAACAAAUGAGCACCAAGAUCUACCACAAAGUGUACUUUCCAAAUGAAACAGAAGAGGCCUUUGAAGUUGGUACAAACACUAAGGUGAGAGAAGUGUGUCAGAACAUCUCUAACAAGCUGCAGCUCAGCUCCUGGGAUGGCUUCAGCAUCUUUUUAAAAAUAGGAGACAAGGUUAUAAGUCUGAACGAACAAGAUUAUUUCUAUGAUGCAUUGAGGCAGCUGAAUGACUACAUCCGAAAGAGCCGUCCUACUGCAGGAGCGCCUGCUUUUGCCAGCUUCCAGUUGUACUUCAUGCGGAAGCUUUGGGUAUCUGUUCAGCCAGGGAAGGAUAUCAAGGCUGAUACUAUAUUUCACUAUCAUCAGGAGCUACCAAAAUAUAUGCGUGGGUACCACCGAUGUACUGUGGAAGAUGCUGUGAACUUAGCUGGACUGAUAUACAAGAUACAGUACAACAACGACCGCACUCAGUUUGCCAACCUCAAUAAAAUCCUACGGGAUUUUGUUCCAGAGUACCUUCUGCGUAUGAGUACACAGGAGGAAUGGAAGAAGAACAUAAUAGCUGCUUAUAGUAAGCAUGAGAAGAAAACAGUGGAAGAAGCCAAGACAGCAUUUCUAAAGUAUAUUAGCAGGUGGCCGACAUUUGGUUCUGCGUUCUUCGAGGUCAAGCAAUCGUCUGAUCCAUCAUUGCCCGAUAUUGUACUUAUUGCAAUAAACAAGCAUGGAGUAUCCUUAUUUCAUCCCAAAACUAAGGAGUUGCUUAUUAACCACCCAUUAAAUAAAAUAUCUCGCUGGAACAGUGGAAAUACUUAUUUUCAGAUGACAACUGGGAACCUAGUACGAGAUAACAAGAUCCUGUGUGAGACUUCAUUGGGCUAUAAGAUGGAUGACCUUCUGACAUCAUACAUCAGUUACUUUCUCUCAAUGCAGCAAAAACCAACCAAUCCAUAGUACAUCUGUUGAAGGACAUUUAUAUAUGCCAUAAUUAUUUCCAGCCUAACCACGCUUGAUGUUCCCAUAUCAAUAACAUGUAAAUCAUGAAUUCCGAAAGCAAAGCCUCAAGUCACUGCAUGGUAUCUUCAUCUGUUUAAUCUUCCUUCAACGUGCAUAAAGUUUGUGCCUUGAGUGUUCUUCACAAAAGUAUUUACUGUCAUUAUUUCACAUCAUGGACCUUGGACAUACAAGUGGCAUUAUAAAAAAUACACCUGCCCCUUACCGGGAGCCUUGAGGACCGCUCUAUUCUGUCACAACCAUGCAAGGCAAUAGAUGAUUAUUAAUGAGGUUCUUCUGAUGUAAUGUAAAGUACCUAAAGUGCUCACAACUUCUGAUACUAAAUAUUGUGUCGGACUGGCAAGGCAGGGAGGGCUCACGGCAGCAUCUAUAUCCAGCUACUGCUGUGAACUUUGUAUGGGAUCUAUAUAUAUAAAGACAUGAAAAGCACCAACUGUGUGUACCUCUUCUAUUGCUACAUACCCCAAGAUGUGCUUUAUAUACCUGUAUUCCUUUAAUGGCAUUGGGUUUAAUAUUUGGGGUAAUCCUUGCUUGCCAGAGAUACCAGAACUUCGGUGCUAACAUGGAACUACUUAAAACAGAGCAGCAAUUGAUAAAAAGAAACCAUUGUAUAGAUACCAUAUGUGACUUGGCAUACCUUAGUAGUCAUCUUUUUGUUGUCACAUACCAAGUUCUUAUUUAUCAUACUGGGUGCCUUUAUUAGUUCAUCAAAGAGGUUCUCCUGGAAUUAAGAAAAUUAAAAUACUUAAAUAUUACUUUAUUAUAAAUAUAUUCCCAAAUACCUUUAAUUAGUUAUAAUGGCUCGUUUUUUCUGGUGAACAAUCAUCAGGGGGAAUAAAAUGGCCGCUGUCCUAUUAGUACACACAAAACCUGUCCUAAUUACACAGCAGGACAAGUUACUUCAGAAUACUGAGCUAAAGAGAUGCCUCAGCCUCCUCUCUGCUCUGCUUGUCAGAGAUUAUGAUCCUGAAUACAGCUGAAAUUAAUCUCUGUAGGAAUAGAGUUCAUGAGGAGACAUGAGGUACAGAGAAGAGGAUAGGGUAAUAAGCAUCAGCACUUGUAUGCAGUCUGCCCUGCCCAUCCUCAAUGUACUUCAUGUCUCCUCAUGAACUCCGUUCCUACAGAGAUUCAGCUGAAGAUCUUAUGAUCUGUAUUCAGGAUCAUUA